GAAAGACGGGCGUUAUUGCCGUGUGCGCGGUGCGUCAGGGCGGUCGGAAGGAAAGGAGCGUGCGUAAUUUUAUCGAGAGUGAAAUUAAAUGGAGGAAUUUCAUUAGAUGUGAUUUUCGAUCAUGUUCUUGUUUUCUUGUGUUUAUUUGUCGAUUGCGUUUGAUCACGUGGCCAAAUGACGUAGGUAAUUAAGAGAUAAUGAUAUUUUAGUGUUUCUUAAUUUAAAAAAUAAUUAUAUUCAGUGAUAAUAAACCGGCAGUGACUUUCAAUCGAAGUGCCAACAGUGACAACACCACCAACACCUCGCUAAAAAAAAAAUACAUAAUUCCCUUUACUAAAAAAAUUAAAUAAAUAAACAAGCAUAUAACGCGUUACACCUGCUCUCUGUACAGGUGUCAAAAAAAAAGAGAAAAAAUCUUUCCAAUUCAUUCUCCAGACACCGCCAAGAUUCCUUCCAAGGUCUUCUUCAAGAUGUGGACUUUACAGCGACCCAGCAAGGACCCUGACAAGAAGUGGAGGCUGAACAAGGAGAGCAAGUACUCCUCGCUGCUCCGGCCGGGCUCCAAGAAGAACAAGGAGAACAAGGAGCCUGAGACGGUCAUCAACUACCGCACGGUCGACCGCCUCCACGACCGCAUCUCCGACCGCUUCAUCGACCCCCGAGCCGACCCCAGGCUCCUCGUCGACCCCCGGAUGGCCAUGGACCCCCGGAUGGCCAUGGACCCCCGCAUGAUGGACCCUCGUCUCUCCAUGGACCCCCGCCUGGCGAUGGACCCCCGCAUGGACCCCAGGCUCCUCGAACUCGACCAGGAGGCGCGCGUGGAGGCCAAGGGGGCCGCGGAGGGGUCGCGCCUGCUCCUCGACCCCAAGCCGUCGUCGCCCGAGUUCAAGCCGAAGCAGGAGGCCAAGUUCGAGGGCAAGGAGGUGCGCAUGGAGCCGGCGGGGCGCGAGGCUCCCAAGGCCGUGCGGGAGCCCAGCAGAGACCGCGCCGGAGGAGCAGGAGGCGAGAGGGGAGGGAAUGGAGGAGGAGUGCCUGGAGGAGGAGGAGGAGGAGGAGGCGGAGGGGACCUGAGGGAGCGUCUGGAGCGUCUGGAGGCUCGUCUCGGCCGCUACGAACCCGACGGAGGCCGCGAGAAGUUCGUGGAGCGCUACGUGGAGCACGUGAGCCGCGAGAGGGAGCACAGCGCCAGGGACAGAGAGCAAGAAAGAGGCAAGAUCUCCAUGAAUUUCUUAGAACAGGAUGCAAAGGACUUACUGUACUACUUCAACGCUGAACAGUAUCCAGCAUAUAUCUACAUCUAA